GUGCACUCUCUGAAGCUACUGAGCGCUCACAAAAUCGUGGAUUCCAAGAUGUUCGAUGAUUUGCCUACUGACGCCUUCAGAGUUCCAGACAUCGAGAAGGUUGCCGCUGUUGCACGUAGGGAGACAGGUGUACGUGAAAUGGCCUAUUGUCAAGUUCCUGCGUUCCAGCAUGAUCUUGAGAAAAUUGUCGAAGAUGUGCGAAACGGAAUUUAUCCGCUCACUGCUUUUGCUCCCUUAGCUCACAAGCCCCUGAAAACUACGGUCACUCAGCAAGCGCGUACACCCCAAGCUCAGACAGCAGCCGAAGGUCAUGAGCCGUCAACAUCUUCGCUCGCACCGACAUCGGUACCACGAGCACCUGAAACAACAGAUCCUGUAGCUUCAUCACCUCCUGCCACUGAUGAGCCUGUUCAGCACCGUGAAACAAGAGCGAUUCGACAAAUGCGUGUGACGACAGAACGAAAUGAGCUGACGAUAUGGUUGCAAUUGGAAGACAUGAUGAAUCGACAGCUUACCACGGAAUUCUCACACGACGAGGAUCCAAACGCUCUCACGCAGGAUCUGGUCACGCAUGGAUUCAUAUGCGAGGUUCGUUCUUUGUCAAUUCCGUCCUACAAAAGUAAAGUAUGGGUGACAUAA